AUGAGUAACAAUACGGAUUUCCUAGGGCGGGCAAUCGACACAGUCAAAAAGGCGAUCGAGAACGACAAUGAGGGCGAGUACGAGAAGGCCUACCAGCAGUACUACUCCGCGCUGGAGUUGUUCAUGCUGGCCCUGAAAUGGGAGAAGAACCCGCGGUCCAAGGAGAUGAUCCGCGCAAAGACUGGCGAGUACAUGGACCGCGCCGAGAAGCUGAAGAACCACCUCGCCUCUGCGGAUAAUCGCAAGAAACCUAGCGCGUUGGGUACGAAUGGCAGUGUUGCGCAGGGCAGUGGGAAGGGAGACAAGGAAGACGACAGUGAAGAUGCCGAUGCGAAAAAGCUCCGGUCUGCUCUCCAGGGCGCGAUCUUGUCUGACAAGCCGAAUAUCAAGUGGGAGGAUGUUGCGGGCUUAGAGGGCGCGAAGGAGGCCUUGAAAGAGGCGGUCAUUCUUCCUAUAAAGUUUCCACAUCUGUUUACGGGCAAGCGCCAGCCCUGGAAGGGCAUCUUGCUCUACGGCCCUCCCGGUACGGGUAAAUCGUACCUCGCCAAGGCCGUUGCGACGGAGGCCAACAGCACAUUCUUUAGCGUCAGCUCCAGUGACCUGGUAUCGAAGUGGAUGGGAGAAAGUGAGAGACUGGUUAAGCAACUUUUCAAUAUGGCACGUGAAAACAAGCCGGCGAUCAUCUUUAUUGAUGAAGUCGACGCUCUGUGCGGCCCGCGUGGCGAAGGAGAAUCCGAGGCGUCCCGACGGAUCAAAACCGAACUGCUUGUGCAGAUGGACGGUGUCGGCAAAGACUCCAAGGGCGUUUUGAUCUUGGGCGCAACCAAUAUCCCCUGGCAACUCGACGCCGCCAUUCGGCGGCGUUUCCAACGCCGAGUGCACAUCAGUCUGCCAGAUCUCAACGCACGGAUGAAGAUGUUCAUGCUGGCCGUGGGCUCCACGCCGUGCGAGCUGACCCAGGCGGAUUAUCGGAAGUUGGCGGAGAUGAGCGAUGGCUACUCCGGUAGCGAUAUCAGCAUUGCCGUGCAAGAUGCUCUGAUGCAGCCCAUUCGCAAAAUUCAAACUGCGACACACUAUAAGAAGGUAACCCACGAGGGCGCAGAAAAAUUCACCCCAUGCUCCCCAGGAGACGCCGGCGCAGUGGAGAUGACCUGGCUCAGCAUCGAAGCAGAACAGCUCCUCGAGCCACCACUCGUCCUGAAGGAUUUCCUCAAGGCGGUCGCGAAUUCCAGACCCACCGUCAGCCAGGACGAUCUCAAGCGGAACGCCGAAUGGACCGAGGAGUUCGGCAGCGAGGGUGCCUAG